UCAGUUAGAAUCAAAGAGAGCACGUUUUUUCUUUAAAACAAUUUAUCACACACACACAUUUUCCUACUAUCAAUUCCUGUUCUUCAGUUUCCCCAAGGGGAAGGUAAAAUAUUGAGCUCUAGGAUGAAGGUUCCCCGCAAGAAGGCACAGACCUGUUUGAGAUUGGACUUUUCUGAGUAGAAGUGUCCCGGAAACAGAAUCCUGGAACGACAUGAUGGAAGGGUCCCCACUUGGAGCCGCUGUGUGGCAGUCACAUUUUUCAGAGUCACAUCAUUCCCAUCUGAUUCUAGAAAUCUGCUGUGAGUUCAGAGACAGAUCCCAGCCUCCCUGCCACAUCUGGUUGUGUGUGACGUCAGGGCAGAUGUGGCCCUGGUGGGGAUUUUCUAGGUCGGCCUGUGCUGUAGGAAAGGCCUGCUGUCUCAUGAUUUCCUUCUUCCCCAAUCCUGCCAUUCGUCAAAAGAAAGAUCCUAACGAGGAGGGAAAAAUUGUGUAGCAAGUCUAAAAGUCCACAUCCAGGUGAAUUUAUGUUUCCUCUUUGUUCGUAAAAUGCAAUUUUGUUCUUACUACAUGGAAACACUUGCUUUUGUUUUCCUGAAAUGUCCAGGGACCUGUCCUAGGCCUUCCUUUCCAGUGAAUGAUGGACCAUGCAGAUGGAUCCUCCUCUUCACUGGCUUCCAAAUGCCCUUCACUCGUUCAAAUCAUUCCUCUGCAGUCAUGUUUUGUAAUGGUAUAGAAAUGCAUAUCCUGGAGUUUAAAGUUAAAACUUUGUUUUAUUGAGAUUAAUGUUUAGAUAGAAUCACAUCGUCGAUCUUCUCCAAAGACCUCAGUUUAAAAGUAUGACAGGAUCAGAGAUAGUUCGGCUGGUGGUCAGUGAGUGAUAAUGAUCAUCUGCUUUGUAAGAAUUUUAGGAUUGGGAAUGUGAUUAGAAGUCUGAGGGUAGAAAUCUGUGUGAAUAUGAGCAGGGUUUUUUCCAGGGAAUCAAUGAGUUGAAAUUUAUGAAAUUUAUAAAGAGUUAGUCAUAAGGAAAAAAAAAGUACAUAUGAGGGAAGUCAAAUAUUGAGCUGUAGGAUGAAGGUUCCCAGCAAGAAGUUAUGAGGUAAAGUAAUAGAGUGAUGAACAAUAAUAUUCAAAUUUUACAUUUUAUAUGAAUCUCAUUUACUAACAUCGGAAUUUAAAAACACUUAACAAGGAUUAUAUCCAAAAUGAUACUUCAGGGAAAUAGAGGAGAACCAAACACUGUUCUGUCUGCUUUGCACAAAUUUUCUUAUUCAGACUGCAGAUGCUGCUCACCUGACUUGUGUUCAGAGAAGAAUCUUAAUAGUGAAAAGGCCUUGUUGAAUUGAAGAAGAAUUCAUGUUCAAGAACUGCCCUGGAUUCUCUGGACUCUAUGCUUCUCCAAUUGAGGAAGCCCAAGGAGAACUGACCAGUUCAUACAGUUCUAAAACUAUGGCCCAUGUGUCAUUGGCUUUCAGGGAUGUGGCCAUAGACCUUUCCCAAGAGGAGUGGGAGUGCCUGGACCCUGUGCAGAGGGACUUGUAUAAGGAUGUGAUGUUGGAGAACUACAGCAACCUGGUCUCACUGGGAUGUGCCAUUCCUAAGCCAGAUGUGAUCACUUUAUUGGAGCAAGAGAAAGAGCCCUGGGUGGUGAUGAGGGAAGGGACAAGGAAUUGGUACCCAGGCCUGUGUUUAUGGCAAGAGUGACACUAUGUGAUUUUCAAGACUGAGUCACAAAAGGCAAUACAGCUUCUGCCUGAUCCACUUGGGAUGCUUACCCUUGAAGCCCAGCCACCGUGCUAUGAAGAUGUCAAGUAACCACACAGAGAAGCUAAGUAAAGGUGGACUAUGGCCCUAGUUUAGUUCCUAGGUAACAGCCAGCUUCAAGCACUGGGGGUGUGAGUGUGUGAGCAUUCAGAUGAUUCUAACCCUUAGCCUCAGAGCAUCCCAGCUGGUGCCAAGUGGAGCAGAGACAAGCCUUCCCCCAUGAGCCUGCCCAAAUUGCAGAUUCAUGAGUAAAAUAAAUACUGUCUUUCUUUCAAA